GACAAUCCGGAACACCGGGCUAACGCUCUCACCGGUGUGGGACAAGAGACAGCACACGGGCCGGACACAAGACAUGUCAUGGACCGAUAAGGACAGGGCUCUGACGUCCUCACGGCUGCACAGUCACUUUAACUGUCACUUUGUCCUGUAAAUGCGGAGCUUUUAAGACGGAGUCCGAAAGAUGGAUGCGACUAUUUUUUGUGCGACACACGCCGGACAGCCAGGAGGUGUGGGUCCGGUCUGAGGGUCCGGCCUGAGGAGCUCCGGGUCGGGUCGUGGGGUCUGUUUACUAGUGACGCUGCUGCACCAGAUCUGAUCUGUCAGAAGUGCAUACAGCCAAAGGACGAGCUAACAGCGCUGCUAAGCGUCACAGGAGCCCAGCAGCCUCAUGCUAACUGCUGCUAGCUGUAUUCUUUGUUUAUUUUGCUCUGGAGUGGGCUCUUCAGCUGCUAGUCCGUGCGGGACACUGUGUUGGGGACGUUUAGUGCACAGACAUUGCUGCUUUAUAAAACACUUGUUCGACAUGGCUGAUCUUUAAAGGACAUAAAUGAUUGGACUUGUGACUUGCUGCUGGUAGCAGGCCCGGUGCAGACCAAACUGACUGAGCUGCAUCUGAGUUUUAAAGGGCGCAGAGACAAUGUUCUUCCAUUAAAUGUCAUUAUUUAACCUGCUUCAAAUGAGGACAGAGACACUUUUAAAUGAGGCUGCAGUGCACCCUUUUGCACCCCUGUAGACCCGGGCCUGCGCGGUAGUAUCUCGGUACAGCUUUGCUCGCGAAGCUAGUUAGCAACUUUGUUGACUCCAAGGUCUCCCGAGACAGCCCCGGUGCACACGAGAUGCACCACCAGGACUUCUCCGGAGACCCGCCCGGCACCGGGCCUAGGAAGUCUGCCUACCACCUCCGGAGAGGCAGCAGCGGGGCGUCCGCCUCCUCCACAGCCGGAGCUUCGAGCGUCACCGCAGACGAGAUUUCGGCGCAGGCUGGCUCCUCCUCACCGGCUUCACACCACCAGUCCCAGGCGCCAGGGACACAGGUCAAGAAGAAAAGCGGCUUCCAAAUAACGAGCGUCACCUCGGCGCAGAUCAGCGUGAGUGGGAAUAACAGUUUGGCAGACGACACGGAGAGUUAUGAUGACAUGGAUGAGUCCCACACGGAGGAGCUGUCCUCCAGCGACAUCCUGGACGUGUCCGCGUCCAGAGCCACAGACACGGGGGUCCCGGGCAGGAGCUCCUCUGAUGAGACCCUAAAUAGUCUGCACGGGGUCGACACGCCUGGACUGGUGUCUCCCAACGAGCACGUGCACGCCCACGUCCCUCACGUCUCUGCUCUGAUGAAUGGGACCGUGAACCCUCACAUCUACCCUCACCCUCCCCUCCUCCAUGACACUGUGCCCGGAGCGGAGGCAUCCGGGACAUCUCCCAUGCCUGUCGCACCCUUGGGUAGCUCCAGUCCUAAUGUAGUUUCCAAAGUUGGGUCUCAGUCCCAAAGAAUGCCAAUGUUGGACAACACUAAACUUGCCGAUGUGGACCCGCAGUGUAGCUCUGUGCCCCCUGCAGUUGACCCUGUCAGUGUGGAGACAGGAGCAGCCCCCGCCACUCACAGCACCCACAGCCAGCACCCACACACUCAGAGCGCUCCUGGCUCACGUUUCAGGGUAGUCAAACUAGAUACGAACUCUGAGCCAUUUCGGAAGGGCAGGUGGACUUGUACUGAAUAUUAUGAGAAGGAGGUUCCUCACUCCACAGCAUCCGAGGCUGCCAAAGCUUUAGAGGUGUCUGCAGAGACAGAAGCUGCUAAUGUUUGCAUAAGUCCUGCUGCACCGGCCCCUCACCCUGUUCAGUCCUAUCAGCUGCCAAACCAAGACUUCAUUAGCCCACCAACCAUGCAGAGCCCCCCACUGGCCAUCCCCCAAAGCACCCCUCUGCCUUAUGUUCCGGUACAAGAAGGUAACAUGAGCAUUCACCUCCAGAAAACUCUGACCCCCGGAGCGCCUCAGACUGUCACUCAGCCCUCUAACCUGGUCCCCCAGCAACUGCCCUACAUGGUGGACCCAGGGGCAGCAGGCAGCAUGCGCCAGCCAGACUUCAUCCAGCCUACAGCCCCAUUUCAGAGCCAGGUACAGCCCCCUCUGCCCCACAUGCCUGUGCCCCUCACACCAGCAGUCCCACCCCAGGCUCCUGGCAGCAUCACACAGCAGCUAGGAGCCCCCACUCAGGGGGUGCCUCGUCCUCCAGCACUAUUCCCUACAGUGCAGCCAGCCAGCAUGCCCGCUCCACCCCUUCUGGUGCAGCCGCAGCCUCUGGUGCAGCCGCAGCCUCUGGUGCAGCCGCAGCCUCUGGUGCAGCCGCAGCCUCUGGUGCAGCCGCAGCCUGUGGUACAUCCGCAGCCUGUGGUACAUCCGCAGCCUGUGGUACAUCCGCAGCUUCUGGUGCAGCCGCAGCCUCUGGUGCAGCCGCAGCCUCUGGUGCAGCCGCAGCCUCUGGUGCAGCCGCAGCUGCCUAUCCCAGUAGCACUUCCACCUGGGACCCAGGCCAUGCCCCUGACAGCGCUCCAGGCAGACCUCCAGCCUCUGCUGGCCCCUACAGCCAACAUCAGCCUGGCCCCUGCCCCAGGCAGGAGCUCUCACCUGGAGGACGCUCACAGGCUCUUGUUCCAGCACCAGGGUCUGCUGGGCCUGCCCAGACUGGGGGUCACGGGAGCGGCCGGAGCAGAGGGCACAGUGGAGGGGGGCAGUACUGGAGCAGCACUGGCUCACAUGGGGAUGUCCGCAGAGGCCAGUGCGUUUAUGGCGGCUGCAGCAGCCGGUCUGAGGAGUCAUGCUGAAGGAGAGGAGGACAGUUCUUCGGGCGCAAGUGUGGUGGCCAUCGACAACAAGAUCGAACAAGCCAUGGACCUGGUGAAGAGCCACCUGAUGUACGCCGUGCGUGAGGAGGUGGAGGUGCUGAAGGAGCAGAUCAAAGAGCUCAACGAGCGCAACUCUCAGCUGGAGCAGGAGAAUAACCUGCUCAAGAACCUGGCCAGCCCCGAGCAGAUGGCACAGUUCCGGGCCCAGGUUCAAACCGGGGGCUCUCCCACCGGGCCGGGCCAGCCUGCGGUGGGUUCGGCCGGGACACAAGCCGCCCUCCCUCCCUCGCAGAACACCGGCAUGUCUGCGUAACGCACUGGACCGACGACCCGCAAGACCAGAGGAGUCCUGCCAUACUGUGAAGACAUGACCCAACCCGACAACGCCACAGCGCCCAUUCUCGCUCAUGCUCAUCACAACUACUUUUGUUUUGUUGCACAUCUAAUCCAACGUCCAGGGGUCGCACCCGCGUCUCCAAAGUUGUACCCGCUCCAGACAAUCGGCGUUGUCAUGGUGCGUGGCCAUGGUGCGUCGUCAUGGUGGAACAGACAGAGCUAACAAGAACUGAUUUUUUUUUUUUUUAUAUAUAUAUAUUUUUAUUUAGAAUUUCAAAUGCCACAGAUGUUUCGGCUCCUUCGCGGUGGGGGGGGCUUGUGGACUCGUUCGUUUACAUUCGCACACAGCUCUUUGACUUUUAUUUAAUUUCCCAACGCUGUGGUUUUAUGCACUUUCCCCCCAACUUUCAAAAUGGCGACGAACUUUGACGGACAAGUACGUUUUGUUCGAAGAGGCUUGGCGGGCUGGACUCAAAAAUGUGUUACCCGCGCCUCAUGUUCACGUGAUCGUUGUCCCAUUCACACACCCUUUGCCCCUUUGGAUGGAGCAUUAAACAUUUAAGCAGGGAAUCCAUGUUUUUUUUUUUUUGUUUUUUUUGUCUGUUUUUAGGAAAAUCUGGGAGUGGUUUAGGAUGGUUUUUUUUGUUUUUUUUGUCGUAUUUAAUGUCCUUGCAAUCUCUAAAAACAGAAAUCAUAGGACUUGACUGUUUUUAGGAACUUUGUACAGUUCAAUUUGUGACUCUAAUCUGCCAAGUGCCUGGUCCGUAACCAUAGAUACAUAUAUAGUGUUUUUUAUUUGUCUUAUAUAUAUGCGUGUGUAUAUAUUUAUCUAUGGUUUACCAGGUUAUAAACUACCUGUGAUGUCAUUUCUCAGGGCGGGAGCAGACAGGGUUUUAACUGUCUCUCCUGCAGUGACAACACGGCCUUGACUCUGUUCAAAAAUCCGGAUUGUUCUACGUGUUGGUUUGAUUUUUUUAUGACUUUAGUUUUUUUGUUUUUUGUUUUAUUUGUACAAAAAGUGUUUGAGUUGCCGAUGUGGCAGCUAAAGCUUCGAACACGAUAAUGAGAAUUGUUGAAAAAUGCCUAGCAGAAGUAUGUCAUUGUUUUGUGCAUGUCCCCAGCCCAUCACAAAUGUGACGUUACAAUUGCACUAGACAGUUGCACCUCGAAUAAAAAUGAAAAUCAA